UGCACAGUGCAGACCCCUCCCUCCACCCUUACUCUCUUUCUCUCUCUCUCUCUCUCUAUAUCUUUCUCUCUUGUGUCCUAUCUGAAUCAAAUAACAUGGUACAGUCAAAGAAGUUCAGAGGCGUAAGGCAGCGACACUGGGGCUCGUGGGUUUCUGAAAUCCGGCACCCACUCUUGAAGAGAAGGGUGUGGCUAGGGACCUUCGAAACAGCUGAAGAAGCCGCACGAGCUUACGAUGAGGCAGCAAUUCUUAUGAGUGGUCGGAAUGCCAAGACCAAUUUCCCCGUCGUCAAGACUCCCGACGGCGAUACAAAGACCCGUGGCGGCGGCGACUACUCAACCCCGAUUUCAAGCCUCUCUGCUACACUUAGUGAGAAACUUCGGAGGUGUUGCAAGACUCCUUCUCCUUCCCUCACUUGUUUGAGGCUUGACACUGAGAAUUCCAAUAUUGGAGUGUGGCAGAAACGUGCUGGGUCACAUUCUGAAUCACAUUGGGUUAUGACAGUUGAACUUGAGAAGAAGAGUCCACAAGUGAUCUCCCAAACAUCAUCAAUUUCGCCGGAGAUGACUCCGGCGACAAUGGCUUCUUCAACCGGAGAAGGGAUUGAAGAAGAAGAUAGAAUUGCAUUGCAGAUGAUUGAAGAAUUGCUUAAUAGAAAUUGUCCUAGUCCUUCAACUACUUCUCAGCAGGGAGAUCUCCAAUCAGGGGAAGAUCAGGAGGGGACCUUCCUUGUGUAAUAGACUAUCAUGAACAUUUAUGUUUUAUGUUCAUGUCUUUCAUCGCCCACCAUUGUUGAUUUUAGGUAAAACCCAUAGCUGAACUUGUGUGACUAUUCUAGACUACUAGCUUCGUACAUAAAUAAAUAUAUUUGACAAAGGGAUAAUAAAACGAAACUGUUUUAAUCAGUUUCA